GUCAGUGGGUGUAGGCACAGAGCAGAGCAUUCACAGAGGACUUCCUUUUGCUCACUUCACCCCAAAGGCCUUGGAGUUUGCCCCUGCUCACCAGUUCAGUGAUGCAUCUCCUAUGCACAAUGGACACAGCAAGGGUCUACUUUGGUUUAAAGCCACCCAGGACUCCAGGGGCUUGGCAUGAGUCACCCCCAUCUCUUCCCCCAGAUGCCUGUCGGUGCCCACGUUCACACAGGUUGGCUCUGAAGCUCAGCUGUGCUGGGCUCAUCCUCCUUGUCGUGACCCUGAUUGGGAUGAGUGUUUUAGUGCGAGUCCUAAUACAAAAACCAUCAAUAGAAAAAUGCUAUGUGCUUAUUCAAGAGAACCUGAAUAAAACAACAGAUUGUUCAGCUAAGCUAGAGUGCCCACAAGACUGGCUUUCACACCGAGAUAAGUGCUUUCACGUUUCUCAAGUUUCCAACACUUGGGAGGAAGGUCUAGUUGAUUGUGAUGGAAAAGGAGCCACUUUGAUGCUCAUUCAAGACCAAGAAGAACUGAGAUUCCUACUGGACUCAAUAAAGGAAAAAUACAAUUCAUUUUGGAUUGGACUAAGGUACACAUUGCCAGACAUGAACUGGAAGUGGAUAAAUGGAUCGACUUUAAAUUCUGAUGUAUUAAAAAUCACUGGUGACACUGAAAAUGACAGCUGUGCUGCUAUCUCAGGAGACAAAGUGACUUUUGAGAGCUGUAAUUCAGACAACCGUUGGAUCUGCCAAAAGGAACUAUACCAUGAAACCCUGAGCAACUAUGUGGGUUAUGGACACUGAACUCAGAUCCUGUCCAAGAGCAGCCAGUGCUCUCAAUCACUGAGCCAUGUCUACAGCUUGACCCUGUAUAUUAAACAAAACUGAAGUGCUACAACAUGAAGCUUUUCACAUGAUGUGUUAGAGUGUGAAUCCCAUCUCAAUUACUUUACCAUCCACACCAGAUCUCUGCACCUAACCUGUCUCUGCUGUCUGCCUCUCAGUACAGUUAGUGGCACAGCACAUGGACUCUGAAAACACUGGGACUCUUACAGAUGCCCAUGUGUAGUUUCUCUAUUCUGUAAAGGAGAUAGAGAUGUUGAUGUGCCAUUCUACGUGAGGGGUUCUACAAAAAGAAGCCCUGGCACCUGAGGUGCCCUGGAUUCUAAUCCUGGAGUCUGUGACCCCCCCCACCCACAGUCUGUGUCUGAGCUCAUCUACAAAACAGUCAUAAGAAAACCAUUUACCAAAAUCAUUAAAAUUCUCUUAAUACAG